AUGAGUGAAGAGCUCGAAAACAAAGUGAAAAGCCUUGAGAUUGCGUCUACUCAGCAACAGCCUAAGAUGGCUGUAGGACCAGAUGGCAAGCCUGUCAUCGGAGCAGAUGGUAAGCCAUUGAGUAAGAAAGCAUACAAAAAGCUACUCAAGGAGCAGGAGAAGGCCCAGAAAAAGGCAGAAAAGGCCGCAAGACUGGCCAAGGAACAGGCUGAGAGAGAUGCAAAAGAGCAGACCAAUGAUUUUGCCACGGAGAACUAUGGCGAAUUACCUCUUAUGCAGUCCAGAGACGAUAAGGUCACUGGAGAGCAGCGUUAUUACUUGAACGAGUUGACUACCGCUGAUGACGGUAAGCAGAUCAUCUUUAGAGCCCGUGUCCAUACAUCCAGACAGCAGAGCUCUAACAUGUUGUUCUUUGCUUUUCGUCAGAAGAAUGAUAUCAUACAAGGUUUACUUCGUGCAGAUAAGGAGCACGUUUCUAAGCCUAUGGUGAAAUGGGCAUCCGGUUUGCACUUGGAGUCGAUCGUCUUGGUCCAUGGAGAGGUUAAAAAAGUCCAAGAAGCUGUCAAGAGUGCCACUCUUCAGGAUAUCGAGAUCCAUAUCUCUAAGAUCUACUUGGUUGAAGCUACACCCGAGAAGCUUCCAUUACUUGUUGAAGAUGCUUCUCGUUCUGAAGCUGAAUCGGCAGAGUUGGGCUUGCCAAUGGUUAAUUUGGACACUAGAUUGGACUACCGUGUCAUUGACUUGAGAACAGUGACUAAUCACUCAAUCUUCCGUCUUCAGCAUGGUAUUUGUUCAUUGUUCCGUGAAUUUUUAACCAAUCAGAAGUUCACGGAAAUACAUACCCCUAAGCUGAUAGGAUCUCCUUCUGAAGGUGGUGCGAAUGUUUUUGAGGUGGCGUAUUUCAAGGGCAAGGCUUAUUUGGCUCAAUCUCCUCAAUUCUACAAGCAGCAGUGUAUCGCUGCUGACUUUGAACGUGUGUUUGAAGUCGGUUCCGUUUUCAGAGCUGAGAAUUCUAACACGCAUCGUCAUAUGACUGAGUUUGUUGGUUUGGAUAUGGAGAUGGCCAUUGAAGAGCACUAUCAUGAGGCUAUCCAAAUGCUCUGUAACAUGUUCAUCUUUAUGUUCACCGAGUUGAAGAAGCGUUAUGCGAAGGAGAUUGCCACCGUGAGAGAACAGUAUCCUGUUGAGGAGUUCAAAAUCCCUGAGAAGAUGGUCAUUGUUAAAUUCAAAGACGCCGUUAAGAUGUUGAAAGAUGCUGGUCGUGAGAUGGGUGAUUUCGAUGACUUGACCACCGAAAAUGAGAAGUUCUUGGGUAAAAUUGUCAGAGAUAAAUACGACACUGACUUCUACGUGUUGGACAAGUUCCCUGCUGCUAUCAGACCGUUCUACACUAUGCCAGAUCCAGAUGACCCUAGGUAUUCGAACUCUUAUGAUUUCUUUAUGAGAGGUGAAGAGAUUCUUUCCGGUGCUCAGCGUAUUCAUGAGCCUAAGUUGCUUGUCAAGAGAAUGAAUGACUUGGGCAUCAAUCCAAAUCAACCCGGCUUGGAGGACUAUAUUCAGGCCUUCUCCUACGGAUGUCCUCCACAUGCUGGUGGUGGUAUUGGAUUGGAGAGAGUUCUUAUGUUCUUUUUGGACUUGAAGAACAUUAGAAGAGCCUCUCUAUUCCCAAGGGAUCCUAAGAGAUUAAGACCAUAG